AUGGACGAUCAUUCAGCACACUGGAGGUGUACCCUCAUGGGAUGGGAUUUCUGGAAAGAUGCAGAAGCUUAUCAGGAACGACUAAGCAGACCAGCACUGAAUGAAGAGCUCGACCUAAACCUCCACAGACGCUUUCCAUUCAACCUGGGUCCUGAAGAAGGGCCAUACGCCAAGGAGCAAGAAAAGGCGCACGAUAUUAACGGAGAAAAGAGUCCACUGGAGAGACCGGAAACACUCCCAACCCCCAAACGUCAUCGCAAGCUCAGCAUGUCUGACAUUAAAGGCAUUUCUGGUCUUCGCCGCAGCAAGACUGUGACAGCGGCGACUUCUCGUCUCCGAGAUCUUGGUCGUCGUGUUCGUUCCCCGUCGCCAACUCGGCCGCCUCCCGCGCGUGCAUGUGGUCCGCGACGUACGCUACAGUCCACCCCACUGAAGGAGAAGCUUCCGCCGCGACAGACCACAAAUGAAGAGAUUGACGUGCCAGCCUCACCUUCCCGUUCUGAAUCGCGACUCAAUGUCUCGGCUUCGAUGCCAACUUCUCCACGCCUGUCCAUCAUUCCACUGGCAACCCGUGCAAGUUCAGAUGCGGGAGUGAUUGGGCAUGACAACGAAAUAGCAACACCAGAAAAACCACUGCUCAACUUUUGUGGUGGCUCCAAGUGGUCUAUCAUUCCACAAAAUAGAGAAAGACUUGGUCUUGAUUUAUUCCGGCCAUAUACUUUCGAUAGAGAUAAGGAUACUGAAUUGCGCACCCAGAGUGAGUUGAAACCUCUCUGCGAGUUUCGAAAUCUGCGCUCGCUCAAGGUCAUGGGGAUGAUGCAGUCCUAUCAAAGUUCUAUCUGGCGCGCUGUGUGGCUGAAUCCGGAACUGGACGAGCUUGAGCUUGAAAUGGUGUUGGAGCCGGAGAUUGUAAAUCGGAAUCUUCAGGGCGAGUGGAAAGAUAUCAAAGACGGAUGGGCCAUUGAUGGCAGGAUAGGCGGCGAACCAGUUUAUUUUGGAAAACACGGCUCUGGCGAACUACACCGGGAUAUCGGAUACGGAGAAUACCUUGACAAGAAGUGCAUUGAAGUUGCCAAAGUCCUUGCUAUGCAAAUGGGACGAACCAGUCGCCGCCUUUCAAUCGAGAAACUCACACUGAGCGGGUUCGUUGUCGAUGCUGAUCCGAUAAUCCAGUGGUUUGAUCCCGAGAAGCUGCGAUGCAUCCAUUUCAAGGGUCAAUGCAUUGAUGCUGGGCUCUGGUUGCCACUCUCUAUGAGGAACGUUUCUCUUGAAGUUCCUCAGGAAACUGAUUUGCAAGCUGUGCCAGUUGGUAUUGUCAAUGUUGAUUUGAAGAAAGAUUUGAAUGCUGAGGUGAUUGGCGGAAAGAAGGGUAUUGAAACUGUGUAG